UUGGCUCAGUCUUAAUGGGGGCACUGGGGAUGGAGGGCGGGAGUAGGAGGCCCCAAGGGAAGGGCUGCCACCUGCUGGCUGUGGCAGGAGCCACUUCCCUGGUCACCCUGCUGCUGGCUGUGCCUAUUACUGUCCUGGCUGUGCUGGUCUUGCUGCCCCAGGAGCAGAGAGGACUGGUAACAGGGACAGCUGACCCUCUGAGAGCAGAAGCCCAGCAUCAGAAGGUGAGCUCUUCGCCCCACCCAAGAGCCCAGGAGCUGCCAGAGGAGGAGGCAGAACCAGAUCACAGCUCCAUCCUCCCAGCUGCCCACCUCAUAGGCGCUUGGACCUCGGGGCAGGGGCUUGGCUGGGAGGCGAAGAAAGAAGAGGCGUUUCUGCGCAGCGGGACGCAGUUCUCGGCCGCCGAGGGGCUGGCCCUCCCGCAGGACGGCCUCUAUUACCUCUACUGUCACGUCGGCUACCGCGGCCGCGCGCCCCCUGCCGGAGGGGCCCCCCUGGACAGCUCCGUCACGCUGCGCAGUCGGCUGUACCGGGCGGGGGGCGCCUACGGGCGGGGGGCUCCAGAGCUGCUGUUCGAGGGCGCCGAGAGCGUCACCUCGGUGUUGGACCCCGCUAGGAGACACGAGUUCGGGUCCCUCUGGUACACGAGCGUGGGGGUCGGCGGCCUGGUGCAGCUCCGCAAGGGCGAGAGGGUGUACGUCAACAUCAGUCACCCCAACAUGGUGGACUACAGGAGAGGGAAGACCUUUUUUGGGGCGGUGAUGGUGGGAUGAGGGCACCCGGGGUCGUGGGAAAGGCAGGCAUGGUGGGAGUGGGUGAAUCAGCCCAGAUAUUGGGGACCCUGACACCAGAGACUCCCCAUGGUGGGGGAGAUGUAGGAGACUGGAGACUGAUUUUGAGCCUGAUGAUAAUAAAAAAUAUAUGGCUUUAAU